ACAUUGUUCCAAUUGACUCUCAACCUAAAGAGAUCUUAACAUUGAGACUUCACGUGAAAAAUACAAAGAAAAGCCGGACACUUGUUACCAAAUGAUGAACACUGGAUUUUCUUUUACAGCUUUCUUGGCGAUUAUUUUCGCUUAUCAGAGUAUUGUCGACCCCAUCAACGGAAAAAAUCUGAGCAGUCAAGAUUACACAGGCAAAGGAAUCGUCGUCGAGGGGAACAAAAACAUUGUCAACUUGGGCCAUGACAAAGAAAUUAAAACUGCUCUAAGUCAGAUACAAAAGAGUUUAGCUUCUUUGGAAGAAAAGAUUUCCGCAAUGCAGCCGAAUCGACGUGGUAAGUAAUAAUUACUGGCUAUAUUUUUCUGUGGGUAAGCUAUAAGGCGACAAAACAGUCAGGAGUCUAAGUCUAACAUGAAUGCCAGCGAGGUGACCCUUUAGUGUAUUACUGAGUGAUUUGUUGUGGACCCGAGUCAGAUACAAAAGAGUUUAGUUUCUUUGGAUGAAAAGAUUUCCGCAAUGCACCCGACGCGAAUCGAUGUGGUAAGUAAUUACUGGCGUUUUUUCUCUGCACUAUUAGCCUCCGACAAAACGGUUCGAAUUCUGGCAAUUAUGAAUGCCAGCAAAGCUACUAUUUAGUGUAAUUAUUAAGUUAUUUGUUGUGGAUUGGAGUAACAUCUUAGCGCUUGUCCAUCAAUAACUAGUUUAUCGAUAGGAUUUUCCCAUAAAUACUUGUGUUUUGAAUUUUACCCCUAUCCUAAGAUCAGUUCCUAUAGCUGUCAAUACUCCGCGGCUUUCACAUCCUACUGAUGAAAUGAAAUUCAGGUUGUGAAAUCGAUCUAUAUUCAUCUGUAACAUCAUUCAAAAAAAGUCUGUUUCCUUUUCUUCUAAAGCUUGCAAAUUCGACUUCGAAACGGGCUUGAGUGGUUGGAAAAGGACUGGAACAGCAUUUAACAAUCAACCUACCUACGGUGAUAAUCCAACAGCUCGCAAAAGAGGACAACCUGCCAAUCAGCAGGGGGACUGGUGGAUCGGAGGGGCGGAAAACAGGCCAUCCAAGGCAGCAACCCCUGGGGCAAUUCAGGGAGAUGGUCCCCAAGGAACUCUUGCUUCCCCGUUCUUUAAGAUCGUUGGCAAACGGAUAUCAUUCUUGAUUGGAGGAGGCUGUGACAUUAAGAAAGUUCGUGCUGAGUUGAUUGUUGAUCACCAAGUAAGACAGCCUGACAGACUUGCUUUCAGUUUUUAGUUUGUUGUGGCAUAUUUUUUCACUACAGUUUCGAACUCGGCUUUAUAAUAGGUGCAACACCUAGCAAUUAAUAUGAUAUUUUCCUUUAUACUUUACGAAUGCCUAACUGAGUUUUGCUGACAUUUUUGUGAUAUAAGAGAAGUAUUUCCGAGGUUAAUGAAUAUUCCAGUCAAUCGACUACAGAAACGUCAUGGCUUCUGUUUAAUCCUUCCCAUAUAUUAGCUAGGUUAUGUAGCCCAUUAUGUAGACACUGUCAUGUAUAUAUGAAUUCCUAACUUUUCAGACUGCGCAAUAGCUAUAUUAAAAUUAAGCAUUUUUUUCUUGAAAGUUCAGAGUGUCUUUCACAUUUUGCAAAAGACUCCCUUAGCUUGUCAUCAGUCAGUUUGAGGGGUCGCUUGCAAGAAGCUGAAUUGCAUCUGCCUCUCUUUUUCAGGUUGUCAAAAGUUCUACUGGUUCAUGUAAUGAAACCAUGUCUCGCAAAUUCUGGGACGUUCAUGCCUUUGUUGGUCGAACAGCACAUGUCAAAUUGGUGGACCAAAGCAGUGACGGAUGGUGUCACAUCAAUUUUGAUGACCUCGGAGGCGAUAUCAGUUGUGGGCAAAAAUAAUCUCGUCUCACUGCUUCGGUUUUACCGGAUCUCAGUAUCGCACUUAAGGGAGUAGACACAAAACAUUUAUAAGAUAAGAUAAGAGGGAAUAGUUAAUCAAAGUAAUCGAUUAGAUUUAAGUUGAUGAAUACGUAACUCACCAUCUAAGGAUACCGAAUUAUAUGUUUUUCUGUUACUAACAGUUUAACUGUAAACACGUAUCUGGAAAUAAAGAUUUUAAUUAUACUUCAAUUGUAUGGCGUCUUGAA